AGCAUUUAAUCUGCCACAUCAUUAUUGUUAUUAUCAUUAUUAUGAUCGAUCUUGCGGUUAACUUCUCAGCUUUGGAUGUUUAAGGAGCAGCAGGACAGCUGAUAAGAGUUUUACUAAAUGAUUCACCAAAUGAAGACAGCUAUUGAUUUGCUACGCUUUACUUGGAAUUGUGCAACAGUAAAUGUCAGGGGUAACUGUUGUGUAAGCAUUAAUCGUUCAUGACACAAGCUUGUGUCAGAGUCCAGUCCAGUCAGGUUGGAGUCUCCUGCACCAUUCAGACAGUCAGAGGCUCAUUCCUGUCUUAUCUUCUCUAUGGCUUCAGCUGAGUCAGAGCGUGGAGCUCCUUUUUCGCUGGACUCCUACUAUGUUUCAGAAGAACUGGGCUUUGUGCUUCCAGACCCGCUGGAAAACCUUCCCCCUUAUUACCAGCCAUGGGUGGAAAUUGCCCUGCGUGUGCCAGAGCUUGUACACAGUCAUGACCUGCGCUCCCAUGUCAACAAGAUGCCUCUGCUGAGCACCGACUUUCUCCAAAGCCACAGAGAGUUAAGGCUUGCCCACCUGGUCCUUGGCAUGGUAACCAUGGGCUACGUGUGGCAAGAAGGUGAAAACGAUACAGUGGAGAUGCUGCCAAGAAACCUCGCUGUUCCUUACUGGGAGGUGUCACAGCGCUUAGGACUUCCAUCAAUUCUCACCCAUGCAGAUGCAGCGUUAGCUAACUGGAGGAAGAAAGAUCCAGAGGGACCUUUUGACAUGGAGAACCUGGAGGUGCUGGUCAGACUCCCAGGUGGUGACAGUGUCAAAGGUUUCUUCUUGGUCACUCUGCUGGUGGAGCUUGCAGGAGUUCCUGCAAUAAGGAGCAUUCCCACAGUCAUCAAUGGUGUCAGGUGCAGCGACUCAGAGGCUGUGACCAAAGCACUGGAGAACAUUGGCCAGUCCAUACAGGACAUGAAUGAUGCACUUAAACUAAUGCACGUGUAUGUGGACCCGUCAGUCUUUUACGGCGUUAUGAGGAUCUUCCUGUCUGGGUGGAAGGACAACCCAUGUAUGCCGAAGGGCCUUGUUUAUGAAGGCGUCCAGACAGAACCAGUAAAGUUUUCUGGAGGAAGCGCUGCACAAAGUAGUCUGCUGCAUUGCUUUGAUGAACUACUAGGAGUCAAACAUGAAGAAAAAAGUCGUGCCUUUCUGACACGCAUGAGGAACUACAUGCCACCUGCCCACCGGAAACUGAUCGAAGACAUCUCUUUGCAGCCAUCCCUGAGGGGUUUUGUGCAGCAGCAGGCCAACCAGGGCCUUAGCAAGGCAUUUGAUGACUGUGUGUCAAAACUGUUGGCCUUGCGCAGCUACCACAUCAAUGUUGUGAGCCGCUUUAUCACUGUGCCUGCUGCCAAAGCUCGGCAGCUACGCAAAAACAGCCACGAGUCAGAGGGGGAGAUGGUCAGCAGAGCCCCCACGUCGCUGGAGGAGAGGGGCACCGGUGGGUCUGGCAUCAUGACCUUCCUGAAAACUGUGAGGGACAAAACAAAAGACGUCCUUUUGCACGAGGCAAGUAAAUAAACUGUUCACGAGAAUUGUCAUCAAUGAGGAUAUAAAUAAAGUCAACUCUGCUGUAGGAACACAAUUUUAUAUGCUAAUAAAAUUGUCACGUUUGUCAAAAUAAGAGUGAGUCAUCUCAGUUGCAUUUCCUACAGUCAACAUUGUUUACCUUGUUAACAAUCCCUAAUCUGUAAAGCAUGUGGGAAACCAAUUACUCAGUCCAAACCCUAAUUCAAACCAUCUCUAUUGCUUGCUAUUUAAUUAAACCACUAAGUCCAUCUUUAUUUUGCCCUGGAGUGGCAGAGGAAUGCUCCAGACCCAUUUGUCUACAGCACAUUAAGCCAUUAGAUGACAGAAUGUCAUUUAUUUUGAUUAAGAUGGGCUGUGGAACUCAGCUCAAAUGUACUUAAAAAAUAGCUAAGACAAUUGCAGCCAGCACGCACACAUAACCUUCCUGAAGUUUGGUGGUUAAGAGAGCAUUGUUAAAAGUAAGUCAGUGUGGAAAAAUCCUUAA